GGCACCUUGUGGCUUAGAGCUCACUGAAAGAUAGCUCUCUAUUUUACGCAUCUUUCAACAGUUUAACUAGUCAAAUUACGCGCAAAGGUUGACCUUAUUACGUAGAAUAACUGUGGCAAUAUCAUGUUUACGUAGAGYUUAUUAWUGUUGUCCAGAACUGACGUAAAGUCAAGCAUCCGAACAGCUGCUUCCASYCUUUGUUCUUCUCCAUUCAGUCUGACUGUGUUUACAAAAUUACAUCCAAGACGGCAAGUUUCAUCCUCGACAUUUUAGGAGUUAAAGAAACUCUAAUACUACAUCCUGAGCUCUUCGGAGCUUAAUAUUUGGUUUAUAUAACAAGCUACAACGAAGGAGACAUUAUUYAUUUGUGGUUUUUCAUCUGCGAGAAAACGAGGUGACAAGUUUCAAGUGAGACUGCAAACUCAGAACGCUGGAAUUCAKAGCUUUUAUGCAUCCGCGACAAAGGAAUGACUUCUGAGCUUAAUGUAGAAGAGCUCUAUUCGCAAGAAGUGAAUAAAAUCACYCAAGGAAUCAAGUCUCUGGUUACGAAUUUAAACGAAGGUCCGUCWUUGAAGCGUGUGAGUCCCUUUCACAGCGAAGGCAACUUUUCUAAUUCAAACACAACAGGGUCAUAUCCUCAAACGGAUAAUUACAAUGGUUAUAAUUACAGUAAUCGGCAAAAUUAUCCGUCUCAAGGAAAUAAGAGAUACCCUCAWCCAGAUUUAAGUUAUCCUUCCGAACCCUAUACCCCAAUGAAGAAAAUCCCCACCAGUGGAACUGGGAAUACGGAUUCCAGAACUUUACAYCCAAAUGACUGCGACGAAAGUCUGAGAAGAAUUUCCGACUUAUCAAUGUCUUCAGGUACGUCRUAUAGCUCGCAGAGCUCCACAGAUGAAAUAAAUGGGAUUUUGAGACAGACACACAUUGCCGUCUAUAAAUUUAAUAUCCGUCAUGAGGAUGARCUUGGUCUGGAAGUUGGGGAUGCCGUAUCAUUGUGUAAAGUUCUGGAUGAUACUUGGUUUGAAGGUAGUAAUCUAAGAACUGGUCAAACUGGUGUUUUUCCAUCUCGUUAUGUKUCUGAUAUUCUUCAAAGUCCAAGAAAGAGAGAUUCYUCAUCMAGUCCCAUCAGCUCUGUUUCUUCUGAAGCAAACCAGUUCUAUCUAAGAUUUCUUGGUUCAGUUGAAGUCCAGGAUUUCAAAGGAAAUGAAGUUCUCUGCAGCGCAAUGAAAGAGAUUGUCAAGCAACAUCAGAUUGCAUCAAUAUCCAGUCCCCCCUAUUGCACACUAGACAUUACCAUACAUGGUAUCAAGAUUACUGAACAUCAAGGACAUCCACAAAGGUCUUUCAAUGGAAAGAAACCAGGUAAAACCAAGGCAGGGAUCAAGCUUUUYGACAAAGACCAACAAGAACUACAAGAGACUUCCCAUUUCUUUGAUUUAAAAAAUGUUACAUUUUGUGGAUGUCAUCCAAAUAAUUCAAGGUAAAACACGAGCUCCUCCGUUCGAUCUUUUUUUGUUCGUYCCUUGCUUGCUWGCUCUCUCGCUCACUUAGUUCUUUCAUUUGAGUCUGUUUGUUCGUUUGCUCUCUCACUCGCUAGUUCGUUCGUUCGAGUGCAUUCGCUCGUUCGUUCGGUUUAUCUUCGGUGUCAUUCUAACAAUUUAAAGUAAAAAAGCAGCCUCCCUUAAUGUUUGCUUAAGAAAGCUUGAGCCACACCCUACUCUACAAACUUUGUCACUGAUCUGUCGUGAAGA